CGGGCCGGAUGGGGCCCCGGUGCAUCGAGACCACCUGUUCCGUGCGAGGCAGCGCCGAGGUGCAGGUGACGCCGUCCCCGGCAGAGGAAGUCGAGCAAAGCAAAGGAGAAGAAGCAGAAGCGGCUGGAGGAGCGAGCAGCCAUGGAUGCCGUCUGUGCCAAAGUGGAAGCCGCCAACAGGCUCGGGGACCCCCUGGAGGCUUUCCCGGUCUUCAAGAAGUACGACCGAAAUGGGUUAAAUGUCUCCAUCGAAUGUAAGCGCGUGUCCGGACUGGAGCCGGCCACCGUGGACUGGGCCUUUGACCUGACCAAAACCAACAUGCAGUCCAUGUAUGAGCAGAGCGAGUGGGGCUGGAAGGAUCGAGAGAAACGGGAGGAAAUGACGGAUGACCGAGCCUGGUACCUCAUUGCUUGGGAAAGCAGUUCCAUCCCUGUCGCCUUUUCUCACUUCCGUUUUGACGUGGAAUGCGGGGAUGAAGUCUUGUACUGCUACGAGGUGCAGCUGGAGAGCAAGGUGCGGCGGAAAGGCCUGGGGAAGUUCCUCAUUCAGAUCCUGCAGCUCAUGGCAAACAGCACACAGAUGAAGAAAGUUAUGUUAACGGUAUUUAAGCACAAUCAUGGCGCCUACCAGUUCUUCAGAGAAGCCCUGCAAUUUGAGAUCGAUGACUCCUCCCCCAGCAUGUCUGGGUGCUGUGGAGAGGACUGCUCCUACGAGAUCCUGAGCCGCAGGACCAAGUUUGGGGACAGCCAGCACUCCCACGGGGGCGGGCAUUGUGGCGGCUGCUGCCACUGAGCUCCCACGCCAGACGCGCUCUCCUCAGGCCUGCCCUCUGCCCCGGCUCCCUCUCAGAUGCCUCAGGUGCCCUCAGAGCUGCGCCCUGAGCACACAGGAGCCUGGGGAGGAGAGGUCCGAGCUUCCCUGCCUCUUCUCCUGAGAGAGCCGCUCAGCGGAUGCUGAGGGAGGCGCCACAGGCCCACCAUGAAGGACUGCGGCUCUUGGCUCCAGCCCUCAGGCGUAAGGUUCCCUGACUUCUGUGCGCUGACAGCCCCCCACACACUUGGACAGAUGGAGUAUUUAUACCCACCUUUAGGAGAGUCCUGGACACCUCGGUGUGGGGUCUGACUGGUCCCCAAAGAGGAAUGGACUCAGCAUAAGAUCUGACACAGAGCCCUGCAUCUUUGUGGAUGGAGACUGUGGAAGUGGGGUGCUCUUUCUACCUGUGCUUUUAUGGACCCACAGUUAGGCUGAGUGGUCCAGGGGACCAGCCUGCUCUGGAGGAACCUCCCACCCUGGCUGGCAGUGCAGGGCUGAGGGCUGGGAGCCGGUGUGGUGGGGCUCCCUGCGCCUCGGGGCUUUUGGACUUCGCUGCAUCUCAGCUUGACUUCUUGAUCUCCUGGCAGUGACUUGAGUUUUUCACUCACUGACAGAAGCCAGCGGUCAUGUCUGUCCCUCUCCCACUAUUGCCCUGGCCCUAACCCCACCCCAGAUACCUCCAUUCCUGCUCUCAAGGGGGGAAUAACAUCAGGGAGCCCCUUGUCUUCCCCCAGAAGGAGCCCCCUGGCAUGUCUUAUGUCAUUUCCCCACCUAUCUUGGUGCUUAUAGCUCUCUGAGAAUGGGGCACCCUUCCUCUGCAGAGAGGCCCAGCCAGCAGCAGGCCCCACUGCCUGCGCCCCCCCCCCCCCCAGCCUCACCCCUCGCUGCCUCAGUGAGGCACUAGUGCCACUGCCCUGGCAGCAGCUCAGGCUGCAGCAGGACGCCUCUUGGUGCCCCCACAGCUGCUUUUCUCUCCGGUGGCGCCGAUGGCAGCAGGCUGGGGCACAGGCAGGCCUUCCCCAUGUGUGGGACCGAGGGUGUGGGCUUAGAGCACAAACUCGUCUUGAUCUCUAGACCUUGUUCCCCCUCCAGGGAAGAAAAUGACCAAAUCCUUGCCCAGGAAAAAGCACCUAACGCCUCCCCUCCGACUUCCUUGAGCUCUGCUUAAGGGCUGUCUGGAAGGGUCUAGCCUUUGUGCAGUUGCUCUCAGAGUUCUGAGGGUCCAUCAGACCUGCGUCUGCUCAUAUCUGCCCUCUGCUCCAACUCAGGGGUCUGUGCUGGUGGAACCCCCAGGGCUUCUUGCUUCUGACCCACAUUCCUGCCUGUGUAGGGCCUGUGGGAGGGGUCUCCCCCCGCCCCCCCAAGCAGCUCUCACUGAGUGCCCCGCCUUGCUCUCCACCCCGCCAGCACUGGACACGGCACUCCUCAGAGAGGGCCUUGCAGCUUUACACUGGAAUCAGUCCGCCUUUGCCCAGACCCCCGGCUCCUGGAGGGUGGCACCCUAGGGGGUUUUAGACUGCCAGGAGGGCGGGGGUGGGCUCCUUCCAAGAAUCAGUGGAAAGACAGAAGCAUGUUCAGGAAGAGUUUCCCUCUGAGCCCUGUCUCAAAGGACACAGAAUGAUAAAUAUUUAUUGUCUUAGAUCAUGGAUUUCUGAUGCUUCUCAAGGGGACCAAAAGGCACCCCAUCCAAAAACCCAUGUAAGGUGAGUUUGGUGUAUGUCGUCUCUCUCUAGCCAUCGGGCCCCCCUCCGCCCACUGACUGGAAGAUGGGGCGCUUCCCGAAGGGCUGCUCCUGAGACCAGUAGGGCACGCAGGGUAGCCUACGGCCCACAGGCCCCUGUGGGUGGUGAGCCGCUCCUUCUCAACAUCAGUCUUUGCUCCCCCAGGUCUUGGUUUUAAGAAACAUGGCAGGCCUUUUGUACCUGGCUCUUGUUUGUUGUUUGGGGCAUGUUCAAAUAUUUUUAAACACUUCUUUUUUUAGUUGUAUCCACCCGAUUUCAGGUUAUUUUUGUUGUCGAACGUGUAUGUGACAUGUGUAAAAGUUUCUUUUAGCCCUUUGUUUUUUUUAGAGGAAACUUUGAAGAUGAAACUCCUUGGUAUAUAUUUUUUUCUUUAGCUGAUUGUUAUCACUGGCAUCAAAGGGAAAAUGGUCUCUUUUUGCAUUGGUUGUAUUUGUAAGUCACAAAUAAAAGACAGUUUGCUCAGCUGCUGGCAUGUCUUCCUGAUGCCAGGGUACCCAGACUGGCCCAGUGUGGGUCCUAAACACUGCGGCGUGAGCUGGGCAGGCCUGGCACCCCCAUCCUGUGAAGGAAGCCCUCGUCCUGAGAACACCUCAGUGUCUGGCGGGAGCACCUGGAGGUGGGAACUGCCACCCAGUGCAGGUAUUCGUGCCACUUCCCGGAAGUCCUGGGGAUAGAUUUGCUGUCUGUGACCAAAUGUACAAACCAGCGUCCUGUGGGAGUAAAAUGGGCCAAGGUGUCUUUUCCCCUUUGACUUGGGUUGUGCAGGGUUUUCUUUCUCUACUAAAGACUCCAGUGCCCCCUUCCUUCCAUUCAGAAGACAAAGGCUCCACAGAAGGGCAGCUCACUUGGGGAGCAGGGAGACUCUGGCCCUAGAGUGUGAGGGGGGCAACAAUCCCUCCAGACCUGCCCAGGGGAGCUGGAAGGAGAGGCAGGGAUGGGCCUCAUGCUGGGCCUCACUGGCAGGUGGAGGGCGUCCGAUAAGGACACAGGGUCUGUGCUCUGGUGGGGUCUUGACAGGAAGGGCAGGCUGGGUGUUGCUGGCCAGUGUGCAUGAGGUGGUUCCACAGCUCUGUCUUCAUUUUGGGGGAAGACUUAAAUGUGUUUUAAUAAGUAUGUGCUGGGUCCCUGCUCCGUGUCUCAGGAAAACUCCAAAGGCCUCCGGGGAAAGUGAGACACGGUUCACAGUACAGCUACGGGGCGUCCCUCCCGCGGCUAGGCCAGAGAAGAGCUGCCGUGGCCUUCAGCACAUCGCAGCCCACUCCCCCGACUGCCAGGUUCGCCAGGAACAGCUGGAGCAGCCACUGUCUCACCUGGGAGGCUUCCCGUCCUUGGGAGGGGAAUCCAAUGGAUUCCUCCUGUGGCAAAAUUCCCCUGGGUUCUUUGUUCCUUGAAGGCUGUUUGAUUCCCUGGUUGGAAUUUGUGGGAAUGGCGCUCCCUUUUCAGCAGGGCCACCGUUGCGCCUGGGCAAAGGGCCGAGUACAGGAGAGCGGUAGUCCGAGCCGGGACUCAGCCCCUCCAUCCUCCACCAUGGCUGCCCCCAGCUGCAGCCUCUUUGCAGGGUGGCCCUUGCUGCGUGAAUAGCAGUGUCUUCCCUUCCCAGCAGAGCCCGAGGGGCACUGGGAAGGGAGGCGGCUCCCCAGUAGGAUGAACGCUGGCCACGAGCAGUUCUGACUGCCAGGCUGUGGAGGCAGCCGGCUCUCAUAUGCUGGCUGACCCAGCGUUUCCUGCUGCUCCCUCUCCAAGGGCAGCAGAGGCCCUUCCAUGCAGCCUGAGGAUGAGGCUGUGGGGCCCACACGUCGUCACUUGGCUGAGUCUUGGUGUGAAGCUGGCAUUUGGUGAGUCCCUGCUUUGUCAGUGUGUGCUGGGCACCAUGGGAUGCUU